UCGUGAAAAAGCAAACCUGGGCUCCCACAGGGAAACAAGGUGACCUGUGUAUUACGAAGUCAUGCUCUGCCUCUCUAAGCGCUCUGGCUCUUCUCUUCUCCUGCGAUCCACUUCCCAUCUCCGUGGAGAUGCUAGGGCUGCUCUCUCCUCUUGUUCCUCUUCCUUCUCUGACCCGGACCGAGUAGUAGUAACUAGUGGGAACAGAACGUUGCAUUCUCGAGCAGGAAAUGAUCUGCUACGUGGAAGCUUUCGUGAUCAAGAACGAGUCUUGUCUCCAAAUUUCAGAUGCUUUAGUGAUGCCAGUGGUGAUAAUACUCGACCUCACUUGGACCGGAACUUUUUGGCUCAGUUAUGGGUUUCAGAUAUGAAAAGGCUAAAAGAGAGGGAGAAGCGAUAUGGGAAAGCUUCUACUAAGCAGAGAGAAGGAGAUUAUUAUGAGCAAUCUUCUUUAGCACAGUCUGAUGAAACCCAUUACGAGCCUACCCUGCAGCAACCACCUGUUAGCCAGUCUAUGUCUGGUCCUCUCAAGCCUAAAACUUCUGAUGAGGCCAAAAUUGCAACGCUGCUUGCUCGGUCUAAUUUGCUGAUUACAAGGGACAUUGAAUGGGCAAAUCUGGUUCUUGGUUUCGAACAGGAAAAUCGCUAUGCUGUAGUUGAUGUUUGCUAUCCUGAGGCGCCUGUGGGGUCUAUUCGGGAGCAAAGUCAUGUAAUUAUGCGGCAGCUGCUUCGUACCCGGCGGCCAUUUGUUGCUUCCAUAACUGAUGCAUUGGGUAACGAGCUAUUCCGGGUUCGUAGACCUUUUUGGUGGAUCACAAGUUCAAUAUAUGCUGAGAUUGAUGGAGAGGAAAUUGGUGUGGUUCACCGACGAUGGCAUCUAUGGAGAAGGAUUUAUGAUUUAUACCUCGGGAACGAGCAGUUUGCAGUGGUGGAGAAUCCUGGGUUUUGGAAUUGGACAUUUACAGUGAAGGACGCUGAUGGGGAAGUGUUAGCCCAAGUAGAUCGUGACUGGAGGGGUUUUGGCUUUGAGAUAUUAACAGAUGCUGGGCAGUAUGUGAUCCGAUUUGGAAAAUCUGAUGAUGCAUUCAAAAGUGGCCCUGCUAAAAUGGUAGAAGAGUUAAAUGUGAAACGGCCAUUGACCUUGUCGGAAAGAGCUGUUGUCGUUGCUCUUGCUAUUUCGCUAGAUAAUGAUUACUUUUCAAGACAUGGUGGCUGGGGUAUCCCGUUCAUGGCUGUGGGCGAGUAGGUCAGGGUUUCAGAUUUGUCUUCUGGUUUUCCAAAAACUUGAGAGCCUUGUGUUGUGUUUCAACUCUUAUGAAUACCCAGACUAAAUGUAACUUUGAAUAAUCCGAAAUUUAUUUAUAUAAUAAUAGUGAUAUCAUUU